UAGAACUGGUGAAUCUAGUCACUCUGAUCAGCGAGCAUUCAAGCCAAAGCAGUACGCUCAUGAAAUUCCGGAAAACUGCCCUGUAUAUGCAUACAAAGAGUUCAGGAAAAGACGGCCAAUGGACUGUUGUACCCCGGAGUCUCCAUUUUAUCUAGCUAUUAACUAUAACCGACGACCAAACUCUGAAAUCUGGUAUAAAAACCAACCUUUAGGGCAAAAUACAUUACGUGGUUUGAUGAAAAAAAUGGCAGAAAAAGCAAACUUACCUGGAAAGAAGACGAAUCAUUCAGCUCGUAAAACAACCUGCACAAAACUCUUGCAUAGUGGGGUCGCUCCGACAACAAUACAGCAGCUAACUGGUCACAAAAAUGUUCAGUCUGUGAAUAACUAUGCAGUUGCCUCAGAAGAAAUGCAAAGAAACAUGUCAGACAUUCUGUCUAGCAACAAUCCAUACACUACAUCUGAGACACCACAAAUGCAACUCCAACCUGCAACCUCUUCCAUCCAGGAAAAUGCUGCACAAUCCACAUACCAGGCAACGUCACUGUCCAGUCUAACAUCCACAUGUGAAAUUUCCGGCCAUCAUGGCAAUAUGUUUCAAAAUGCCAAUAUUCAAAACUGUCAGAUUGUUGUGAACAACUAUUCAAAUUCCCCAAAUAAACCUAAGAGAAGGCGCAUUCGAAUCAUAGAGAGUGACAGCGAAUAAAUAAUCCAGUGAAACACUAUUUUGGCACUGUUUUGGCAACUGUUUAGACUUUUAGUGUUUAAUGUUAAUUCUAAUGUUUUACAAACUGACAUUGACUGAUAGACACGAAUUCAAACGUUUCCUGUGUGUAAAAAUUGUGUGACGUCACACUAUUCAAAUUAUGUUAAUUUAACUGUUAAAAGUUAUCAUAUGAAUUACUAAGUAGAAAAUAUGUUUACUUAUAACUGACUUUAAACUGUUUUGAAUUAAAAAUUGAUCAUAAUGUGUACCUUUUGAUUAUUAUUCCAAUAAAAUAGCUGAAAAACGAUAAUGAUUUCCAAAAGGUGGCAAUCAAUACUUUCACGACUUUAAACGAGUGACAAUCAAUGAUUGCAAUGUAUAGUAUAUUCCUGCGCGAGCUGAACAAAUAAUUAUUUUUGCCGAUGGGUAUUUAGUCAUCUUUUGAAUAAAAUAACAACAAGUAAAAUGUAGGAGGUAUAUAAUAAAAGGGUCAUUAUAACAGUAGCUUGAUCUGGGAUGUUGUA